AUUAAGGACGGAAGAAAACAAGAGUAGAGGAAAAGAGCCGCAAGAGAAGAAAUAAGAAGAGGAGAAAGCGUAGGAGAUGAGAAGGAAGAGAAAAAGAAGAAGAGAUCUACUGCAGCGCCGGCGAAAAUCUUACGGAUCUCUUCUUCUUUUUCUCUUCCUCAAUGUCAAUCAUCUCUAUACCGUCGGUUCAGACGUGUUGUCACCGCUGCAAUAACCGCCGGCAUCGUGCGACCGCGCCGCCUCAUCCCAAGUUUCCGCGAGCUGCUCUGUUGUCCUGUAAAUUGCUCCCCCAGUCCCCUGUCGUAUGGUUGUGUUUGUUGACUAGAAAAUGCAGAGGUAUCCCCGUCUCCAUGGUGAACGUGAAGGGCCUCGCUCGCCUGAAGAAACAGGACACGAAGGGGUCGGGACAAGGCAACCAGAAGCCCGCCACUGCCCUCUUCAAGAAAGCCGAGGGCGAUGCCGCUGCCAGCAAGAGGAAGGCGGCGACCAAGGGGUCCCCCCGGCUAUCAAAAAGCCGAAGAAGGGGGACAUCACUGAUAAGGAGCCCCCGGUCAUCAUUGCUGAUGAGCACCCCGCCUCCGGGGUGCAUGUGGAGAAGCCGUCGGGUGGAACGCCGGCGGGGGCAGAGGAGUUGCUGCCUGAGGUCCUCCAAGUUUCGUUUCCGAGGGGUACCUCCCUGGCCAGCGGCGCUGUCGACCCGGGGGCCAUCUUGAGGGGCAUAACCCCUGAGACGGAUAGAGCUUCCCUCGGGGCUUAUAAUGAUGCGGCCCUCGAGGACCACAUUCUCCGCUCCUCCCUCUCUGCUUGUCUAGCCCUCGGCGAACAGGCCCGGAGGCUUCAAGAAUGGCGCCUUCACAAAGCGGAGCAGGACGUCAAAAUGAGGGAAUGCAUCCUCAAGAACAAAGAGGCGGUGAAGCUGGGGGCCAGGCUAGAAGAGGAGCUUCGGCAGAUGAACCUAAGAUUGGAGGCUGCAGAAAAGGGCAAGGCUGAUGCUGAGGCCGCUGUUGAGGAGGCCAGGAGAGCUGCCAAAGAGGCCGAGGAUUCCAAAGCGUCAACCGUCGCCAAGGCUCAAGAGGAGGCCGUUGACACCUUCGUCGCCGAGGGUUGGAGAGCCGAGGGGCGCAAGAUGUGGGUGUCCUCGGUCGUGGAGGCAUGCGUCUAUGAAUGGGCCGAGGGCCCUGGGUGGGAAUGGAUGGCCCGGAAGGGCAGAGAAUAUUAUGAGGCCGGCGAAUUCUUCACCCAGGCCCUCAUCUAUCGGAGGAUGGCCCGGCACUUGGGCAUUGAGCCAAAGGACUUCGCCCCCUCGGCAUAUGGCCUCCCUCCCCUGCAGCCUGAUGUCCGUGAAUCCCUUCCCGAAGGUGCACAACGGCCCGACCUUGAGGACACAGAGCUGAAGAAAGAGGCCGAGGACGACGCUGUUGAGGCUGGAGCGGAGGUAUCGUCGAGGCCGGCUGCAGAGGACGCCCCGGGAAAUGACGCUGUUGAAAUUGUUGAGUGAUUUUAUACUUAGGAAUGUCUGAACAUAUUUUGUAAUGAACAACAUUGAUCCUUCGGCUUCGGCCUGUUUGUAAUUUUACACUCACUUCUGUUUUUGAUGAAUGCAUGCUGCCUCCGGGCUCUUCACAUUUGAAUGCGCCCUAUGUUUUGAAUGUAUGCCUUCUCCUUUUUGAGUGUAUGUCUUCUCCUUUUUGAAUGUAUGCCUAGGACUUAGAAUAUUUUCUGAUUGUAGCUUGCCUUUGGAAGCCUUCGGUUGGUAGCCUCCUCCUUGGUGUGUGAAUAUUGGACCGAGGGCCCAAUGUACAGGACUUAGAAAAUUUUUGCAAGUGUAGUAUGUCAUGCAGCCUUCGGUUGCUGUGGAGCCCCAACUGAAAUGUUGAUUAGGCCUGGGGCCAAUUCGUUAGGACUUAGAAAAUUUUCCUCAGUGUUGAUUCCUUGUGUACCGCAGCCUUCGAUUGAUAGGUAGCCUUCGGCUACUAGGUCCCUUGGGAUGAGGGUGAAAUAUGUAGGACUUAGAAAGAUUUCUAAGUGCAGAUUUUCCCUUGGGAGCCUUCGGGAGAUGGCAUCCCUUCUUGAUGUAUGAGUAGUUGACCGGGGGGGGGGGAAUAUGUAGACUCAGAAAAAUUUUCUAAGUGUAGAUUUUCCCUUGGGAGCCUUCGGGAGAUGGCGUCCUUUUUUUAUGUAUGAGUAGUUGACCGGGGGAAAAAUAUGUGGAACUCGGAAAAUCUUCUAAGUGUAGAUUUUCCCUCGGGAGCCUUCGGGAGAUGGCAUCCCUUCUUGAUGCAUAGCCUUCGACUGUCAUAUUCAUUUAGCUGUAAUAUUGAUUGGGCCGGGGGGCCCUCUUUAGGACUUAGAAUUUUUUCAAGUGCUGCUUCCUUGUGUAGCCUUCGGGUGAUAGGUGCCCUCUGACUCUACAUUACUUUGCGAGAUGCCUGGGGGCUACUCAUUUAGGACUUAGAAUAUUUUCUAAGCGUAAAGUGAUAUCGAGCUUCCGGAUGCAGAGCCCUCCAGGUAUGUGAAUAGGACCCUUCGGGUAAUCGUGGGGCCCUUUGAGUUGUGUGGAUAUUUGAUCGAGGGCCAAAUAUGUGGAACUUAGCAAAAUUUCACGGCCUUCGGUUGUCUGGUGACAUAUUAACCUCCGGUUGCUAUCAUUUUUCAAAAGUGUGGACUUAGGAAAAGUGUGGAACCCUGUUGUUAUGAAGAAAGCCAAUGAGGAGUGUGUGCCCUCGGCACAUACUUGAAAAGUUGUAGAGUUUUGACUUAGCCAGUUGUGUCCCUUGUCAUGAGGUAGGGUGCCCUCGGUAUUUGUUUGAAUUACCGUUUAGUAGACUUUGGAUAGUCCAGUCCCUUCACAUUGUUGAAGCCUUCUUGAUGAUAUUUGUUUGAGUAGUAUCCUUCGGGAAAUAGGAGCCUUCAAUUACCGGAGGUGUUCCCGUGGGGAGCCCUCGGCAUGUUGUGAUCUGUUGGAGUGUACUCUUUGAUUUCUCGCUGAGUCUACUCCCCUUCACCCCCUCUUUUUUUUCUUUUUUUUUUGGUUGGUGGUGAAGGGAAGGCAUCAAGAAACUUGGUUUCUUGGUAAGGCUGGGCCUAUUAGGAGACCAUCAGAAUACACCAAUGGCUCUCCUCCCUCGGGUUAACCUUCCGAGUUCCGAGGGGAUCGAGGGUCGUUUCUUGGGCACAAGAUAUGGUGGUCCGUAACCUGCCUCCCCUUGGGGGAUGGCGCGGAAAGCGCCUCAUUUUUGAAAGUCGUCCCCUCGGCGUUAGACAUAGUCUGUGGCCUGCCACACCCUUGGGGUGGUGGCGCGGGGAGCGUUUCGGUUUGGAAGUCGAAUCCUGGGCAUUUCUCGUGCCUGUCAUACCCUUGGGGUGAUGACGCGGAUAGCGUUCCGUUUUUGAAAGUCGAAUCCUGGGCAUUUCUCAUGCCUGUCAUUCCCUGGGGGUAGUGACGCGGAAAGCGUUUCAAGGAAGGGUUUUCAUUUGCACACUAGUUGCAAAUGGCCGGGGGCACUAAGUGCCGCCGGCACCGAUGGUGGCGCCUUCGGUAUAUGCGUCCUUGUGGGGUACGGCUUUUAGAAACAACACUUGGUGUUAGUUUCGAUGUGUAGCCCCCGGUACUUGGUACCGGGGGGUCUUCUGUAGGAACACUUGGUGUCCUGAUUGGAGUGUUUGGUGCCGGAGGGGCCCUCGGAGGAAACACUUGGUGUUUCCCAACAGAAGUUUGGAAGUUGAUAGGAGAGCAUAUCCCUGGCUUUGGGUGCCGAGGGGUCUUCUGUGAAACAUUUGGUGUUUUUCCUCGUUUUGAUGUUGAUGAUGGAGGUGUACCCUCGGCACUGUGUGCCGAAGGGUCUUCUGUAGGAACACUUGGUGUUCUCAUCUUUUUUUUUUUUUGAUGUUGAAAGUGGGGAUGUACCCUCGGCACUGGGUGCCGAAGGGAAAUAAAACACAUGGCGUUCCCUGCCGUUGGUGACGGGAGUCCCCACCCUCGGCACUUGGUACCGAGGGGGCUUGUUUCGAAAACACGUGGUGUUCUCCUGUUGUUGUAGGUGUUGAUGGUGUCCGCCCUCGGUAUUUGGUGCCGGAGGGGGUUUUUCUCGUGGUGAGGCCUGGGGCCUGUAGUCAGUAUGAGGGCGUGGUGUCUUGAAUGUGUCUUCAUUCCUAAAAAGUGGAGGCCUUGGUCCAUAGGAUAGUACAUUCAUUAGUUAUGAGGGCUUGGCCGCUCUUACAUUAUUGGUAAAAUUUAACUAAAUGGUGUACAUUCCAGUGCCUAGGGACCUCUUUCCCGUUGGGGCGUUUGAGCUUGUAAGUCCCAGGUUUGAUGAUGGCUGCUAUGAUGUAGGGGCCUUCGAAUUUUGGUGCCAUUUUUCCUCCCUCGGUUGGUUGGCUGGCUUCCCUCCUCCGGAGGACAUAGUCCCCCACUUGGAAUUCUCUGGUGCGAACUUAGGCGUUGAUGUAGCUUUUGACUUGCCUUCGGUAAUUUUCUGCCCGGAUGAAGGCCUGCUCCCGGCGUUCUGAAAUGAGGUGGAGGUCGAGGGCCAUGUUGUUGUCGUUGACCUCGGGGUCAUAUUGGAUCACCCUUCGAGUGGGAAGGGUGACUUCCGUAGGAGCUUUGGCUUCAAAACCGUAGCAGAGGGAGAAGGGUGUUUCACCUGUUGCUCGCCGAGGGGUGGUGCGGUAGGCCCACAGGAUGUUGUGGAGUUCUUCCACCCAACCACCGCCCUCGGCCUCCAGCUUCUUUUUGAGGCCCUCGAGCAAGGUCCGGUUGGCAUUCUCUACUUGCCCGUUGCCUUGAGGGUAGGCAACGAAGGAGAAGGUGUGUUUGAUGCCCCAUGCCUCCAGAAGGGCACAGAAGGGGGCUGCCUCAAACUGUGUUCCGUUGUCGGAGAUGAUCUGCUGGGGGACGCCAAACCUUGUGAGGAUGUUCUUGAGGACGAAGUGACGGCACUUCGCCUCUGUGAUACUGGCGAGGGGCUCAGCCUCCACCCACUUGGUAAAGUAGUCGAUGGCCACAAUGAUGUACCUGUUGUUGGAGGUACCCCUCGGCAGAGGGCCCACUAGGUCUAUCCCCCAUCGAGAAAAAGGGACAGAUGUGCUGAUGGGGGCAUAGUUGACCGCUGGCCUGCCGGGGGCUUUCUGGAAAUGUUGACAUGCGGUGCACCUCCGGGCAAGGUCAGCACAAUCUCUGGCUAUGGUUGGCCAGAAGUAGCCCUGGAGAAUGAGCCUUCGGGACAUGGAGAAGGGUCCCUGGUGAGCUGAGCAAGUGCCACUGUUCACUUCCUCCAUUGCGACCUCGGCCUCAUCUUGAUGAAGGCAUCGAAGUAGCGUGCCAUUGUAAGAUCGUUUGUAGAGCCUUCCAUCCUCGAUGGUGUAGCUAGGAGCCCUCAGCUUCGCCAGUUUAGCGCGGGUCUCGUUCUCGGGUAGCUGCCCUGUGGAAAUGAAGGUGGUGAUAUCUGAGAUCCAAUCCUCUUGGCGUUGUUGUGUCCAUCACGGGGCUUGCAUGGAUACUUGAGAGGCUGAGUUCCUCAAUUUUGGCAAUUUUGGAGAUGUGCUCGGGGGAGUCGGCCGAGAGUUUAGAUAAUAUGUCAGCCUCGGAGUUCUGAGCCCUCGGUAUUUGAGUGAGAGAGUGUGCCUCAAAUACCUUAAGCAACUCCUUGGCCGCUUCCUUGUACUGUUUCAUUCUUCCCUCCUUGGCCUCAUAUUCUUCGGAGAUUUGGCCAACGACCAACUUGGAGUCGCAUUUGAUGUGGAUCUGCCGAGCCCUCAUGUUGGCAGCCAGCCGAAGGCCACAUAGGAGGGCCUCAUAUUCGGCCUCAUUGUUGGAGACUUUGAAGGAGAAGCGGAUUGCAUAGUAGGCUCUGAAGCCCUCGGGAGUAAUGAGGACUGCCCCUCCCCCGCAUGCUUUGGUCGCGGAGGAGCCGUCAGUGUAAAGGGUCCACCAAUCAUCCGAGGCAGCCGAGGGCUCCCUGUCCGUGGCUGUCCUUGCGGUACAUUCCGUCACAAAGUCCGCUAGGGCUUGGCCCUUGAUGGCAGGCCUUGGACGGAUGUCAAUGUUGUACUGGCUCAAGAAGAUAGCCCAUUUCACCAUGCGGGAGGAGCUGGUGGGGCUCCUCAUGAGGGCGCCGAGGGGUUGAUGAGUGAGGACCUAAACCGGGUGAGCCUGAAAGUAGUGGCCCAACUUCUUGACGGUCCAAACAAUGGCCAACACCGUUUUCUCCACAGGGGAGUACCUGAGUUCGGCCUCCCUUAGAGUCUUGCUAACGUAGAAGAUGGCAUGUUGGAUGCCGUCUUCCUCCCGGGUGAGCACAGAGCUGAUGGCCGCCGGGCUGACCCCAAGGUAGAGAUAGAGGGUUUCCCCUACCUUUGGUUUGGAUAGCACAGGGGGCGAAGAUAGAUACCGUUUGAGCUCGUCGAAAGCCCCCUGGCAUUCUGGAGUCCAUAGAAAGCCAGCCGUCUUCCUCAUGAUCUGGAAGAAGGGUAGAGACUUCUCCGCUGAUUUAGAUAGAAAGCGGUUGAGGGCUGUCAGGCGGCCCGUCAACCGUUGAUCUUCCUUCACGUUGCGUGGGGGUUCCAUGUCGAUGAUGGCUUGGAUCUUUUCGGGAUUGGCCUCAAUACCCCUUCGGCUCACCAUGUAGCCCAAGAAUUUGCCUCCUUGGACGCCGAAGGUGCACUUCUUCGGGUUUAGCCGAAGGUUGAAUUUUUGCAUGAUGGCGAAGAUUUCCCGGAGGUUGUCAGCAUGGCUGGAAGAUUGUUUGCUCUUGACGAUCAUGUCGUCAACAUAGGCCUCCAUGGUGCGCCCUAGGACGGCUUGAAAGACCCGGGCCACCAUCCGGGUGUAGGUGGCCCCUGAGUUCUUUAGGCCGAAGGCCAUGACUAGGUAGCAGAAGAUGCCCUCGGGAGUCAUGAAGGCAGUUUUUUCGGCGUCUUCCUCGUGCAUGAAAAUUUGGUGAUACCCUCGGAAGGCAUCGAGGAAGGACAUGAUCUCACACCCUGCGGUCUCGUCCACCAGUUGAUCAAUAUUUGGUAGAGGGAACGGAUCCAUAGGGCAUGCUUUGUUGAGAUCGGUGUUGUCCACGCACAUGCGGAAGGUAGGGGGCUUCUGUGCGAGGACCACAUUCGCACAUCGGUUCUCGAUGGCCGUCUUUAGCUGAUGGCAGUCAUCGGUUCUGUGCCCCUGGUGCCGAUGGAAACGACAGUAGGGGAACUGAGGGUUGAUAGCAUGUACCUCCGGGGGUGCGCGAGAAUCGCGCUCAACGAGGCCCCUCUCCUCGGCAAAAUCAAGGAUGAUGCUAACGGGGUGCGUCAAUGGUGUCCGAGAGCGGUCCAGGAGAAUGGGUUGUGCCCAAGUCUUAGGGCUGCUCUUAUAACCUCCCCCGGGUUUGGCUUGGCCUUGCCGAGGGUGGUCAUCAGAGGGUCCUGAGGCCUUGGGAUGGUUAGGAGGAGCCCCCGGCCCUCGGUUAUGUUUAUUGUCAGCCCUCGGGGGUUGCUGAUCCUGAUGCUGGUGAUAUUUCUCCACAUCCUCGGCCUCGGCAUAUCGGUCCCCCCGCUGUAAAGCCCUUAUGUAGUCGCGGGGGGGUUCAAUGAUGAGGCUCCUUGAAAAGUUGCCGGUGCGGAGGACGGUUUGUAGGAGGGCCAGGAGGGUCCCGUCAUCAGCACCGUCGACCUUGUCGGCCUCCGUCCUCCAGCGCUCCAGAAAGUCCCGAAGGGUCUCAUCCCUCUUCUGGCGUAUGGUCAGGAGGUGGGAGAAGUGCUUCCUUGUGCGACGCCUUCCGGCAAAUUGUGUCAAGAAUCGCUGGGCGAGUUCUUGCCACGAAUCAAUGCAGCCCUCGGGCAGCCUGUUGAACCAUUCGUAUGCCGGCCCCUCUAAGGUGGAGAGGAACCAACGACACAAAUAUUCGUCUGACGCCCCUACCAUCAUCAUGAUGUUCUGGUAUUUGCUGUAGUGUUCCUGGGGGUCCGUUUUCCCGUUGUACGGCUGUAUGUGUUGCCCUCGGUACUUUUCCGGGAUCCGGGCCGCCAAUACCCUUGGGGUAAAUGGCGUCUGAGUCCGGAGCUGGAUGACGGGUUCCCCGGAGCCCUCGGCCACCUUCUUCUGUAAUUCCUCCAUUUUGGCCAUCAUGGCCUCGUAUUUGAGGUCUGAAUGAGGGGUGGAGGUGGUGGCGUGAGCUUUGUUGGACUCCAUUUCGUCAAGUCGGCGUUGGAGGGCCGCAAUAAUUUCGUCCCGGGGAUCCUUCGGGAGGGUCUCCGCCCCCUGAGAAAGAACCCGGGCCAGUGGGCCUGGUUGAUUUGGUGGCGAGCAUCAUUGGCAUGAAGGGGUGCCUUACCUUUGUCCCGAGGGGGACGCUCCUCGUCUGCCCUCGAGACAGACCCUCCACUUUCCUGGGGCCUUUGGAGUGCCUUUCCUCCAAAGCGGUCUUGGACCCCUCGGCGGUCUGGCCGUCCUCCGAGCCGGUUGAGGGCGGAAGUGCGGGGCCUCUCCCUGUUGUCAUUAUGGCAGUCUCGGGACUGUACUUCCUGGGAGGACGUAUCCUGGGCCACUACCCCUUCGUCGUUCCUCACCCGAGGGAUGGGAUUUCCGAAGGGAUGUGGCGGAGGGGGAAGUAUGAUGUUUUCCCCAACCUGGGGGUGAGCCGGAGCCAGGGUGCCGAAGGCACCCGGGUUCUGAGUGAGCGUUUGGAUGAAGGCGGAGAGCGCCGAUUGCACGUCGAUGGUGAGAACCGGAGGGCUGACUUGGUCAUCGCUCCGGUUUUUCUUCUUGGCCUCGAUGGCGAGGCGGGCAUCGGGGGCAUUUUGUUGGAUCUGAAGGCGCAGGUCGACAGCCGCCUGUUCCAGCCCAGCGAUGACACCGCCCUCGGGAGCCCUGUGAGAGGCUUCGGGGGCGUUGACGUCGCCGAGGGCCAGGUUCUUGUCCUCCACGUUUUUUG